AUGGUUAAGUUACUGGGAUUACGGGGUUUCGGUGAAUGGGCUGAGUCACCUCGGGAGGUGACUCGGACGAUUCCGACGAGCGAAAGCAUCGGAGAGAGCGGAUGGCUUAUGCGAUUCUUUGACUCGGCUUUCUUCUGCGAGUGGAUUGCUGUCAGCUACCUCUACAAGCAUGAUCACCCUGGGGUCCGUGACUACUUGUGCAACCGUAUGUACACUCUCCCUCUAUCUGGUAUCGAAAGCUACUUAUUCCAAAUAUGCUACAUGUUAAUCCACAAGCCGAGCCCUUCUCUUGAUAAAUUUGUAAUAGAUGUUUGCGCCAAGUCUCUUAAAAUUGCACUGAAAGUCCACUGGUUUUUAAUGGCGGAGUUGGAGGAUGUGGAUGAUAAUGAAGGGAUUAGUAGGAUUCAGGAGAAGUGUCAGUUUGCUGCCACUUUAAUGGGUGAGUGGCCGCUUUUAAUUAAGCCACAGACACAAAGUACUAGUUUUAUGUCAUUUUCAUCAAAUAAUAAUACUUAUAGUGGCAGUGGUAGCCCAACAGGGAAGAAUCAGGUAUUGAACAGGUUGUUAUCAUCGAAACAAAAGUUAUUGUCAUUGACAUCCUCACCCCCUAGCAACGCAAUGGUGCCAAGGUCCCUGUCGUUCUCGCCCUCGGCAGGGAACUCGAUAACUCAGGACGAUGGUGAGAAGGUUGUAGCGUCUCCAGAGGAGAAUAAUAAGAUUUUUAAAAAAUUUAUACCAGGGAUGAAGGUCCGUGACGCAUUGUUUAGGAAAUCAGUGGAGAAGGACUUGGAGGAGUCUGACAAGGAAGGUGGGUUCUUCAAGAGACUUUUAAAGGAUUCUAGGGAUGAGGAUGUCAGAAGGUCAGUAGAUAAGGAUAAAGAGAAUGAUGAAGAACCGGAUAAGGAUGGUGGGUUUCUCAAGAGGUUGUUGAGAGAUAGUAGAGAUGACAAUACUAGAAACUCACUGGACAGAGAUAAGGAAGAGGAGGAGCAAGAAAAGAGUGGUGGGUUUUUUAAAAGGUUGUUGAGUAGUAGUCGAGACGAGGAUGUUAGGAAGUCAAUGGAUAAAUACGAAGAUGAUUCAGAGAAGGAUGGGUUCUUUCGAAGGCUCUUGAGUAAUAAGGAUGAAGAAGUGGAGGUUACCUCCAGUUCAGAUGGUUUUUUUAAGCGGUUGUUCCGUGAUACUAAAAAUGAGUCGGAGGAAAAAGUGUUGUCCAAAUCCAUGGAAGAUGAUGAAAAGGAAGGAUUUUUUAAGAAGUUAUUCAAGGAGAAAUUUGAGGACAAGAAAGAUGGGACUGAGAGGAAUGAUAAUGAAGAGAUAGUGACAAAGAUCUCUGAAGAUGAUGAGAAAGAAGGCUUCUUCAAGAAAUUUUUCAAAGAAAAACUUGAUGAAAGGAAAGAUGGGAAUGGAAGGACUGAUGAUGGCGAAGAAGAAGAAUCAUCAGAGCUUUCAUUGUUCCGUAGAUUGUUUCGUGUACAUCCUGAAGAUUCUAAGAGUUCAAUGACAAAUGAUAACAGAAACGAUGGCAAUUUGCUUGAAAGCAGCCCAGGAACGGAGAAUUUUUUUCGAAAGCUGUUUAAGGAUCGUGAUCGUUCAGUGGAGGAUUCUGAACUUUAUGGUCUGAAGAAUAGCACAGCGAAAUGUCCUGGCUCACCAAAGCAACGAAAUGAAAAGUCAAAUGCUAAACCUCCGCUUCCAAACAAUACUUCAUCACAGUUUAGAAAAGGGACAUAUCAUGAAUCCCUUGAUUUUGUGCAACGGUUAUGUGAGAUAUCCUACGACUUGGUUGACGUAUUUCCUAUUGAAGAUCGGAAAAGUGCUCUCCGUGAGUCACUUGCAGAAAUCAACACACGUAUAGAUGCUGCUCAAAGUAGUGGAGGGGUGUGUUUUCCAAUGGGGAAGGGUAUGUAUCGUGUGGUUCACAUACCUGAAGAUGAGGCUAUUCUUCUGAACUCCAGAGAAAAAGCUCCUUACCUGAUAUGUAUUGAAGUCUUGAAAAGUGAAGCCCCAAGUAAUUCAAAAGAUGCGGCUAAUGCUCAAAAGCUUUCUAAAGGAGGAAUUCCGUUGGCAAAUGGAGAUGCACUGUUGCCAAAACCUCCACCAUGGGCUUAUCCUCUGUGGACAGGACAUGAUAUGUACCACAGUGGUUAUGAUAGGAUGUCAAGUUCUACUUCUCAGGCGAUAGACCAGGCAAUGACGAAAUUAUGGGAUGCCAAAGUAAAAUUUGUUCAUGUGAAUUUUACUGUGGAGCAGCAAUCAGGCCCUGACCUUGAAUUUUGUAUUUCUCAAUCUUUUUCUUCAAAUGGUGGCCAAGCCAGUGAGGUUGGUUCUUAUGCAUCUGGAACAAAAGAUGGAUGUGAUUUGGAACAGGUGAGGGUUGUCUUGACAGCUGAUCCUGGGGUUAGCAUGGAUGACAUAGUGGACCAAGAUCCUCCACCCAGACGAAAAGAGCACCGCCGUGUUCCAAGUACUGUGGCUAUUGAGGAAGUCAAGGCUGCUGCAUUGAAAGGAGAAGCUCCUCCUGGACUUCCUCUGAAGGGUGCUGGUCAGGACUCUUCAGAUGCACAGCCAAAGGCUGUGAAUGGGGGUGUUCCCAAAGUAGGUGAUGCAUUAGCUGGUGAACUGUGGGAGUUGAAGAGGGAGAGAAUACGUAAAGCCUCGGUAUAUGGAAAAUUACCUGGUUGGGACUUGCGUUCUGUAAUUGUUAAAAGUGGUGAUGAUUGUAGGCAGGAACACCUUGCUGUACAACUUAUUUCUCACUUUUAUGAUAUAUUCCAGGAAGCUGGUCUCCCAUUGUGGUUGCGUCCUUAUGAAGUUUUAGUUACAUCCUCUUAUACGGCACUUAUUGAAACUAUUCCCGAUACGGCGUCGCUUCAUUCCAUCAAAAGUAGAUUCCCCAAUAUUUCAAGCUUACACGACUUCUUCGUUGCCAAGUAUGAAGAAAAUUCUCCGAGUUAUAAACUUGCCCAGAGAAACUUCGUGGAAAGCAUGGCUGGGUACUCUUUAGUUUGCUACCUUUUACAGGUGAAGGAUAGGCACAAUGGAAACCUCUUGUUGGAUGAAGAAGGUCAUAUCAUACACAUUGACUUUGGUUUCAUGCUUUCUAACUCACCUGGUGGUGUAAAUUUUGAAAGUGCACCAUUUAAAUUAACCCGUGAACUUCUUGAGGUGAUGGACUCUGAUGCUGAGGGAGUUCCAAGCGAGUUUUUUGAUUAUUUUAAGGUGUUAUGCAUUCAAGGUUUCCUAACUUGUCGUAAACACGCAGAACGCAUAAUUCUUCUUGUUGAGAUGUUGCAGGAUUCUGGUUUCCCUUGUUUUAAGGGUGGUCCACGAACAAUACAGAACUUGAGGAAACGAUUUCAUCUUUCUUUGACAGAAGAGCAAUGCGUGUCCUUGGUGCUUUCUCUGAUUAGCAGCAGCUUGGACGCUUGGCGAACACGGCAAUAUGAUUACUAUCAGAGGAAAGAAUUUAAGGAUCUCCCAGAUGUGUGUGGUUUGAUGAUAACAAUUUUGUUGCCAGUUACUGUCGGAGUGAGGAAUCUGUUAUUCAAUCAGGAAAAUGUUACUAUAGGAGGAAAAUUCACUUCAGGAGUUGAUAACUUUUGUUUUACUCAUCUUCUUUAA